AUGCCGCCCAAGAAGGAGGUCAAGCAAGAGAAGGUGCUGCUCGGGCGGCCGGGCAACAGUCUGAAGAGUGGGAUCGUCGGUCUCGCUAAUGUCGGCAAGUCGACAUUUUUCCAGGCCCUGACGAAAUGCUCUCUGGGCAAUCCCGCCAAUUUCCCCUACGCAACCAUCGAUCCUGAAGAGGCGCGAGUCAUUGUGCCUGAUGAGCGAUACGACUGGUUGGUCGAGCACUACAACCCCAAGUCGCGGGUACCUGCCAACCUCACAGUCUACGACAUUGCUGGUCUGACGCGAGGCGCCUCGACAGGUGCUGGUCUUGGCAAUGCCUUCUUGUCUCACAUCCGAGCCGUCGACGCUGUCUUCCAGGUCGUGCGAUGCUUCGAUGAUGCCGAGAUCAUCCACGUCGAGGGCGAUGUCGACCCAGUCCGUGAUCUUGAGAUCAUCGCCGAUGAGCUUCGAAUCAAAGACAUUGAGUUCGUGGAGAAAGCACACGAGAACCUCGUCAAGCAGACUCGGCGAGGCGGUCAGAGUCUCGAGAUGAAGAAGUUGAAAGAGGAGCAAGCUACCGUGGAGAAGAUCUUGGACCUGCUCAAAUCCGGCAAACCCGUACGGCAUCACGACUGGCAACCAAAAGAGGUCGAAGUUAUCAACCCACUCUUCCUCCUGACAGCCAAGCCUGUUGUCUACCUGGUCAAUUUGAGCGAGAAGGACUACAUUCGACAAAAGAACAAGUAUCUGCCAAAGAUCGCCGAGUGGGUCAAGGAGCAUUCGCCCGGCGAGCCAAUCAUCCCAAUCUCAGUCUCGUUCGAAGAGCGCCUGACCCGCUUUGAGACUGAGAAGGAGGUAGAGGAGGAAUGCAAGACGCUUGGAACCAAGUCAGCCCUCCCCAAGAUCAUCACCACCAUGCGCAAAGCACUCAACUUGGGCUCUUUCUUCACCACUGGCACGGACGAAGUACGUCAAUGGACCCUGCGGAACGGCACCAAGGCGCCACAAGCAGCUGGUGUCAUUCAUGGUGACUUCGAGAAGACCUUCAUUCAAGCUGUCGUCUACAACUACGGCGUACUGAGGGAGGAAGGUGACGAAGCACAAGUGAAGGCGAAGGGUAAGGUCAUGACGAAGGGCAAGGAAUAUGUGGUUGAGGAUGGCGAUAUCCUGCUCAUCAAGGCUGGUGCUGCCAAGUCAUAA